AAAUCACUUUUCGGUCAAUUCUACUCAUAUCAAGCACGUAAGUUUUUGUUCAACGUGUCAUCUGUUUGAAUAGAAAAGUCUGAAACAUAAAUUAGAAACGCAGACAUUCGCUGUUAAUUGGGUCUAGUUUAAACUGUUUAAAUCUAAACUUGCAUAUUUCGUAGGAUAAAAUGCAUAAAUCUUUAAGUAUACUUUGCCUGUUCGGUUUAAUUGUUGCGUCUGGCUAUGCUGCUGAAGAUGAAACCAGUGCCGCGAGACUCCUAGUCAACAAACAAAUUCUGAAUAAAUACUUGGUCGAAGGAAAUGAUGUACUCGUUAAAUACACGCUAUACAAUGUGGGAAGUGGAGCCGCUGUGAAUGUCCAAUUAGUCGACAACAGUUUCCAUCCAAAUGGUUUCGAUUUGGUCGGCGGUCAAUACAGCGCUUCAAUAGAUCGAAUUGCCCCACAAACCAAUGUCACCCAUGUCGUUGUUGUUCGACCAAAGGCCUCAGGCUAUUUCAAUUUUACCGCUGCCGAAGUUAGCUACAAAGCAGUUGAAGACUCCGAAAUUCUGCAACUUGCUUUCUCAUCGGCUCCUGGUGAAGGUGGAAUUGUUGGCCAAGCAGAUUUCAAUCGUCUUUUCUCGUCCCAUUUAUUCGACUGGAUCGCAUUUGCUAUCAUGUCCAUUCCACCACUAGUUAUCCCAUUCUGCUUGUGGCACACAUCGAAAACAAAGUACGAGAAGCUCACAAAGUCCAAGAAAGGGCAUUAAGAACGGUGGAAGUUCGCGCUGUUAAAUAUGAUAGUCGUUAGUG